AUGGCAUCUCCGGGACUUACCCCGGAGCUAUCCCAGCUCUUCCAGAAGGUCGAAAACGGUUUCAAGGGCACUCAGCUCGGCAAUCAACGCUGGUACCUCCUGGUCAUUGCUUGCCUCUCCACCAGCCCCGAUCCUGAAGCUGCCGCCGCUCUGUACCUGUACCUGACCAAGCAGGACAUAUACCAGACUAGUGAAUCGCGACAAACCCUCAUCCAACGUAUCCGCGAAGCAUUGCUCAAAAGCGUUAUCCUCGUCGGCGUCUGCAAACCUCUCGAAGCCAUCCUCGCCAUCAGCAAGGUCGAGAAGCCCGAAGACCGCGACUACAGCACCACGCGCGAAGGGUUCCAGAUCAACGAUGCAAGCCACGAGCGAGGCAAGGAUUGGUUCAAAAAGGUGUACACGCGCAACGCAGGAGAUACCAUUGGCAUGUUUGACGCGCACAAGGACUUUGCAUGGACUUCAAUGGAGAUCACGUACGGGCUUUUCUUGUCCGACCGACAGGUAUUGGAUGAUGUUGACACGCAGCUUGUGGUGCUGCCCGCCAUCAUGAGCCAAAACCUGCCGCUGGAGACGCACUGGCACAUUAGAGGAACAAGAAGGAUUGGCGUGUCCAAGGACGAUGUUCAGGUUAUAUGGGAUAGCGUGCGAGAUGUUGCCAAGUUCUUUGGGGUGGAGUUGAACAAGGUGCCGACCGUGGAUGCGGUCGAACCUGACGUGUAG